CUAGUGCUUGUUCAGAAAAGGAAAAACCAGUGCUCAACAUGAAUGUGGAGGACCAAUGCUUCGAGCAUUUCUCAGACCAAGACGAAGAAGACGACGAUUUUACCAUUUCGCAAAUUUCUUCUCUCCGUAUACCACAAUUUCACCCUUCAUUCUCUCCAUCGCAGGUAGAACAGAGGAAGCUAUUGGAGACCCAGAAAAAAGGGGUUCAAGACUCGGACAAGUCCUUUCAGUCCAACCCAUGACACCCAACGAAAAGUUUCUGGUGACCAUCAGAAGCCUCAAGGCUGUAAACGGAAGAGAACCAUGUUCGAGAAUGUUGACAAUCCUGAAGAUUCUUCAGUCAAAAUCCAAGUUGAAGAGAUCAAAGCAAAAAUAGGAGUGGAAGCCCCCAUCUUUGUGAAGGCUAUGCAGCCAUCAAAUGUUGCCAGUGGCUUUUUGUUGGCAUUGCCUAAGCAAUUCUGCCAUUCGCAUUUGCCAUCCCAUGAUGCAACAAUAAUUUUAGAAGAUGAAAGCGGGGAGAAAUACAGAACAAAGUUUAUUGUGCAAAAGGACAAGAGCAUACUGAGUAGUGGAUGGAGAAGGUUUUGCUUUGCUAACAAGUUAGUUGUUGGUGAUGUUUUAGUAUUCCAUUUGGUCAGGCCUUUAAAGUUCAAGGUGUACAUAAUGGGAACACAUAGUUUAGCUGAAGUGGAAGCGGCUUUCAGCCUCUUGAAGUUCGGUUCCUGCACCAAACAAACAGCUUUUGAGGAGAUAAGUCCAAUGCCUCUUCCAAAAGAUGUCUGUCAAGUUCAUAUUGAUGAGAAGACAAGUUUGACAUUAGAUUCUAAUGCUGCACUGAUAGAUGAGGAGUACAAUGAAGAAUUUGGCUUCAACAUUUUAGAAGAUGUUGGACUUCCAAUACCAGCUACUGAUUUUGGUGAUGUUGAAAAUACCAAGGAUUUUACCAUUCUCGUGAAUGGUGUGAGUAUAAAUUCUUGUCUCUCCGAAGAGAUCAGAAAUAGGUAUUAUGAUCUAUGCUGCUCGCAAAGGUCAUUUCUGCACAACCAUCUCCUCGAAAGUAUUAAUGGUAAGUUAGCUGCUGAAAUAAUAACCGAAACUAUUAACAUCGCUAAUGCCAUUAGAGCUUGCAGGCUUUCCACCCCCCAUGGUGCUUAUGUAUUGUGGGAGAAGACUUUAGAUGCCUUUGAGAUUUUGGGUAUGAAUGUUGGAUUCUUACGUGCUCGGCUGAAGCGGCUUCUGAGCCUUUCUUUCAGGACCAAACAGGCUCUGAUAAGGAAAUCAAAGGAGGCUAAACUUGAGCAAGCUCGUGCAAAGGACAAGGUGAUAACUCUUGAAUCCAAGUAUUGGAAAUGGAAAGAGAGGAUGGUAAGUGCUGAUGCUAAGAUAGAGGCUCUAAAGGAAGUUGCAGAGAGGCGUGAACUUUUCUUCCAGGAAGAGGCUGUUGCUCCAUGGGGAUGAGAAGAAUUGUUUUAGCAUUUGGCAAUUGGCAAUUGGCAUAUAGUUUUACGAUACGACGUAGACAAGAAUAGUGAAAAGAAGAAACACGCCCACACCCAGAGUCGCAAAGUUUCAAGUUCCUCUUUGCCACUUACUCGAGUAUAAAAUGUAGUUAAUGACAUAGCAUGCGUCUUGCUCCUGGAUUCGUAUUUGCAAUAUUUUUUUAGUUUUUUUUUCUUGUAUGAAAUGUUAUUCACAUCCAAGUAGGAACAUGAUAAGAAAAAAGAUUGACAUCA